AUGACCAGUCCCACCCGUGAACGCCGUCCGUCAAUCGGAGCUCCAAUAUCAGAUCUGCAGGGCCCCGUUGGACCUGGAUUCAGCCGCCCGAAACACAAACGUACAUUUACUGGGUUGCUGCCCCAGGAUAUCAAAAAAGUCGAAGCCAGCAUCCCGGAACCGCAGCGAGAAGCCUGGCGCAAGUUUUCUGCAGAAGAAUUCAAGACGAAAGAUGAAUUCGGGAAAGAAGUUGUUCGCCAUGUCGAAACUACCCUUGCUCGGUCGCUCUUCAACUGUGAUGAAUUGGCGGCAUACUCUGGCACUGCAUUGGCAUUUCGUGACCGACUUAUUAUUGAAUGGAAUAAAACUCAACAGCGACAGACAUUUGUAGACCAGAAGAGAGUUUACUAUCUUUCUCUUGAAUUUUUGAUGGGGCGAGCUUUGGACAAUGCUAUGCUGAAUGUGGGAUUGAAGCAAGUUGCGAGAGAGGAUGUCAUUAGUCAAGAGCAUGAUGCAGCCUUGGGAAACGGCGGACUUGGACGUCUUGCAGCCUGCUUCCUUGACAGCCUCGCAUCUCUUAACUACCCUGCAUGGGGGUAUGGAUUGCGAUAUCGAUACGGUAUUUUUAAGCAAGAGAUAAUCAACGGCUAUCAGAUUGAAGUCCCUGAUUACUGGCUCGAUUUCAACCCAUGGGAGUUCCCUCGCUAUGAUGUUACUGUUGAUAUCCAGUUUUAUGGUUCGGUUAGAAAAUAUCAGGAUGAAAAUGGGAAAACUAACUACUCUUGGGAAGACGGAGAAAUUGUUCAAGCAGUUGCCUAUGAUGUGCCCAUUCCUGGCUAUGCAACACCAACGACCAACAAUCUCCGUCUUUGGUCAAGUAAGGCUGCCAGUGGGGAGUUUGAUUUCCAAAAAUUCAACGCAGGCGAAUAUGAAAGCGCUGUUACCGAUCAGCAGCGCGCGGAAACCAUAUCGGCUGUUCUCUACCCUAAUGAUAGCCUUGACCGCGGUAAGGAACUGCGCUUGAAACAGCAAUACUUUUGGCGAUUCAAAAAGACUAAACGCGCAUGGUCAGAGUUCCCUGAUCAAGUGGCGAUCCAGCUGAACGACACUCAUCCAACUCUUGCAAUAGUGGAACUGCAACGAAUCCUCAUUGAUCAAGAGGGACUAGAAUGGAAUGCGGCUUGGACUAUCGUUUCCAGCACAUUCGGCUAUACGAAUCACACUGUUUUGCCCGAAGCCUUGGAGAAAUGGUCCGUUCCUCUGAUCCAGACCCUCCUUCCUAGGCAUUUGCAAAUUAUCUACGAUAUAAAUUUGCUCUUCCUUCAAAUGGUGGAGAAAAUGUUCCCGAAGGAUCGUGAUCUGUUAAGGAACGUUUCGAUAAUCGAAGAGUCUCAGCCGAAAAUGGUUCGAAUGGCCCAUUUGGCAAUUAUCGGAUCUCACAAAGUCAAUGGCGUAGCAGAGCUACACUCCGACCUCAUCAAGACGACUAUAUUUAAGGAUUUCGUUGAGAUAUAUGGGCCGGACAAAUUCACGAAUGUAACAAACGGCAUCACACCUAGAAGAUGGCUCCAUCAGGCCAAUCCUCGCCUCUCUAACCUCAUUGCGUCGAAGCUUAGUGACGGCUUUUUGAAGGAUCUCACAUUACUCGAUAAGCUUGAGGCAUACAUCGACGACAAAUCGUUCAGGAGAGAGUGGGCGGAUAUCAAACAUGCUAACAAGGUUCGCCUUGCGAACCAUAUCUUUAGUACCACCGGGAUCCGUGUCGACCCGAAAGCGCUGUUUGAUAUACAGGUUAAGCGGAUCCACGAAUACAAGCGGCAACAAUUAAACAUUUUUGGCGUAAUACACAGGUAUCUUAAAAUAAAAGCAAUGAGUGCUAAGGAACGAGCAAAACUUGUUCCUCGUGUGUCAAUCUUUGGGGGGAAAGCUGCACCAGGAUACUGGAUGGCGAAAUCCAUUAUCCAUCUUAUUAACCAAGUGGGGUCAGUUGUUAACAGUGAUCCGGAUGUUGGUGAUCUCUUGAAAGUCAUCUUCGUGGAAGACUAUAACGUUAGUCACGAGCAUAUCUCAACUGCUGGUACGGAGGCUAGCGGGACAAGUAAUAUGAAAUUCGUCCUUAAUGGGGGACUUAUAAUUGGCACAUGCGAUGGCGCGAAUAUCGAGAUUACCCGCGAGAUUGGAGAACAAAACAUCUUCCUUUUCGGUACUCUCGCUGAAGACGUUGAAGAUCUCCGCCAUGCCCAUAUUUAUGAGAAGGAUAGCAUCACCCUAGGUAACGACCUGACCGCUGUCUUUGAUACCAUCAAGUCAGGGACGUUUGGCGAUGCCAGCUCAUUUUCGGCACUGAUUUCGGCAAUCACCGAACAUGGAGAUUACUACCUGGUCUCAGACGAUUUCCAUUCUUAUAUCACGACGCAAGAUAUGGUGGAUGAAGCCUAUCGGGAUCAAGAUGGCUGGUUGGAGAAGUGUAUUUUGAGCGUGUCGAGGAUGGGAUUUUUCUCGUCUGAUAGGGUUAUCGCGGAGUAUGCUGAUAAAUUGCGAUUUCAAUUGUUUUCUGGAAGAAGUAGCGCAGUUUCAAUAAGUCCCACAAAGGUGGGAGCGGCCAUGGGUCGCGAUUCCAGAUUUCUCCAAACGAGUGUCUAUUUCGAGAUUGUUUACUCGUGCAACCUAUGA